AUGGGUUCUCUCAACACCGACACGCCGGCGCUGGCCAACAACCCCAAGUUCAUCUUCUUCACCGACUUCGACGGCACAAUCACCACGGCCGACUCCAACGACUACAUGAUCGACAACCUGGGCUGCGGCGCCGCCAAGCGCGAGGCCGACAACCACGAGGUCCUCGCCGGCCGCGCCCACUUCCGCGACGUCUUCUACUCCAUGCUGGACAGCGUGCGCACGCCCUUUGACGAGUGCCUGCGGCUGCUCCUCACGCACAUCCGCCUCGACCCGGGCUUCAAGGACUUUUACCACUGGGCGCGAGACAACAACGUCCCCAUCGUCAUCCUCAGCGGCGGCAUGGAGCCCGUCAUCCGCGCCCUGCUCGACAAGAUGCUCGGCGCCGGCGAAUGGGACAUGCAGAUCGUCAGCAACGACGUGGCGCCGACCGCGGAGGGGCGCGGCAUCAACGAGGAGGGCGGCUGGAAGAUUAUCUUCCACGACGACAGCGUCCACGGCCACGACAAGUCCAUCGAGAUUCGCAAGUACUCGUCACUGCCCGCGCGGCCCAUCAUGUUCUACGCCGGCGACGGGGUGUCGGACUUGUCGGCGGCCAAGGAGACAGACCUGCUCUUUGCCAAAGAAGGCAAAGAUCUUGUCACUUGGUGCGAAAAUGCGAAGGUUCCGUUCGUUACGUUCCGCGACUGGACCAGCAUUGGCCAAACUGUCAAAGACAUUGCGGCUGGUAAAAUUACCCUGCAAGAAGCUGCUCGCGGACGCAUUUAA